GUGCGUUUCCGCUGGAAGUUGUGCCAGUCUAGCCAGAUGGUGUAGCUGGUGGUGCAAUAGUGAAAUUCCGUCGGCGGAACAAACCAACAACCCUGCAGAAAUGUGGGGAUUAUCGUGCCGUCGGUCGCUAACGACUGUUCUUCGCUCGUUUUGCAGUACAUCAUCAUCGGCCAAUUUCGGUAGUCGCUUGCGAAUCCCGGAAGUCAGCGCAGUAACUACAUCCCGACUACAUCGGUCACACUGCGAUCGUUCGCAGAUUCUUCUUCCGACGACUCUAUCGGUCACUAGCAGUCGAUUUUAUUCGACUCCCAUCAUCCAGGAAGGUUUCGUGGACGAAUUUGACAUGGCUCCGAGAUUCGAGCGAGAAGACUACAAGAAGGAACCGUACCACGGUGUGAAGCGUUCCGGAACCGAGUUCAAGCGUGGAACCGGUUCGCGUAGUGGUGGUAGUGGUGGUUACGGUGGAAGUAGCGGAGCGAACGGCUCCGGCGGAUAUGGAGGUGGCGGCGGUGGUGGUAACCGCUUCGGCGGUGGAGGAGGAAUGGGUGGUGGCGGGCGUCGCGAAAAGUGGGCGGAUGCCGGUACGCUCCAAAAGAUCGAUUGGAGCAAGAUGACGCUGGCACCGUUUAAGAAAGAUUUCUACCGCGAGCAUUCGGUCGUACGCAAUCGUUCGCAGAAAGAUGUCGAUCGAUUCCUGGCCAAGCACGAUAUCACACUAGUCGGUCAGUGCCCGAAACCGAUCACCGAGUUCGAUGAGAUCGACAUUCCCGAUUACGUGGUGCGGGAGAUUGAAAAGCAAGGCUACAAGAGCCCGACACCGAUCCAGGCGCAAGGUUGGCCAAUUGCACUUAGCGGCCUGAACAUGGUCGGUGUCGCGAAGACCGGUUCCGGUAAAACGCUCGGUUACAUGCUGCCGGCCAUCGUGCACAUUAAUCAUCAAAAGCCCGACCCGUCCGUCCGUGGACCGCUGGUUCUCGUUCUCGCGCCGACCCGUGAGCUUGCACAGCAGAUCCAACAGGUCGCAACGGAUUUCGGCUCGUCCUCGUACAUUCGCAACACGUGUCUGUUCGGUGGCUCCAGCAAGGGACCGCAGGCGUCGGAUCUUCGCCGUGGCGUAGAGAUCGUCAUCGCUACACCCGGUCGUUUGAUCGAUUUCCUCGAAUCUGGCACCACUACACUGCAGCGCGUUACGUACCUCGUGCUGGACGAAGCUGAUCGUAUGCUGGACAUGGGUUUCGAGCCGCAGAUCCGAAAGAUUCUGGGACACGUGCGACCGGAUAGGCAAAUUCUGAUGUGGUCCGCUACCUGGCCGAAAGAGGUGCAGCGUUUGGCUCGCGAUUUCCUCGGAGAUUACGUCCAGAUCAACGUCGGUUCGUUGGAGUUGUCGGCGAAUCACAACAUUACCCAACACGUCCGUGUUGUUGAAGAACCUAACAAAAAUCAAGAACUUGGCAACUUGCUGGAGGAACUGUACCGUGGUGGAAACCCGGGCAAAAUUCUUAUCUUCACCACUACCAAACGCCGCUGCGAUCAGAUAAGUAUGCAAAUCCGUCGCUACGGUUACGACGCGGUGGGAAUGCAUGGUGACAAAUCACAACAGGAGCGUGAACGCGCCCUGAACCGCUUCCGUAAUGCACGUUCCUGCAUACUGGUGGCAACGGAUGUGGCCGCUCGUGGAUUGGAUGUUGACGGCAUAAAGGUGGUCAUCAAUUACGACUAUCCCCAGCAGACGGAAGAUUACGUGCAUCGUAUCGGCCGUACCGGACGCUCGAAUGCUACCGGAGAAGCGUACACCUUCUUCACCUACAACGAGCGCAAGAUGGCCAAGGAGCUGAUCGCCAUUCUCGAGGAAGCCCGCCAAACCGUGCCGCCAGAGUUGCUCAAGUGGCGCGGAUUCGGUGGCAGCGGUGGUAACCGCUUCAGUCGAUUCGGAACAUUCCGCGGUGGACGCGAUCAGUUUGGUAGCGGUGGCGGAUACGGUGGUGGUGGCAACCGAUUCGGAGGAGGUGGCGGCGGUGGUGACUACCGGAACGGAGGAUCGUCGAUGGGUGCGAAGCGACCAUACGAUAGCGGCAGCAGUAACAGUUACUCGAACGGUUAUGGCGCUGCCAGCAGUAGUUCGAAUGGGUACGAGCCACGAAACACAAAGCACACCCGGUUCGACGAUUAAGGGGAGGGUAUGGAUGAGGGAACAGCAACAACAAAUGUGUUUGUCGUGUAGUGUGUAAGGUUGUGUAGUACAGCGUUCCACGCAGUACGAUCGUAGGUUAUUUUUGUUUUUUAACGUACAAGAGUAGAAACGCGCUCUCGUGGAUCUGUAAUUUGCAUAUUCGAUUUGCACUUAAUUCCUUACGAUAGAAAACUUAAGACCAAAUUAGACACCUUUUUUCCACCCAAUUCUAUUCCUUGAUAUUCGUAAAUGCGCCCUUUACGAUGGUCGGUCCCGCCUAGUAUCUUUAGUUACAUUUUAACCACCCGCCUACGUUACAAGUUUGUGUUCUACAUACUGAAUAGUUUAACUGUGGGAACUUCCAACCUGCUACAUUAUGUGGAUCGAUUGAUCCCAUACCACCAUAUGCGUGUGGUAUUUAUCAUUCUUUACGCGCACGCACCAACGUUAAAGCAUAGUAAAAGCGGUAAAGCGUCAUAGAAAUCAUUUAAAUGUCUCAUCGGUAUUGUGUACUAUUCAGGUUAAAUUUAAUGAACAGAAGAAAACAAAAGAGUAUCAAAACCAUACUAGAACUAUAACUAUUACUUUCUCUCAGGCAAGCAAGGUAAAGUAGACGAUCAUGAAGAAUUCAGCUCAGUGCGAAGUCGUGGGUAUUUCUCUAAUAUUAACAUUUUCUAAAACGCGCCACUAGCCAUCAGAAGCAUGCAUGCGGAAGGGUAUUUUUUGUUUGUUUGUUUGUAAUUUUCUUAUAUUACUCUGUGAUAAAUGACAACAGUGUGGUAGCUCUUAAACACACGCAUUAUAUACAACCAGAAAGCGACACAAUUACACGCAGUGUUCGCACACGUAUAAUUCGUCCCCGCGUUUUUGAGGAUAAUAAUGUUUGCUCCAAUCGUUAUACCAACAAAAUGCUCGCCCCACACACUCUAUACCCAUUAACUGUGUGCGGUAGGUUGGUGUAGAUAGCAGGUCCAUAAUGGACGGGAACGGAUUUGCAUUAUUAUGUAGAAACGCGGGGAGAAGGAAUCAUUCAUGCUGUACUAUAAUAUGGCUAACUUUUGCACACACGGCUUUCGCAAAAUCCACGUUUUCUCUGGAUCUUUGGCUCGAUAAGAAGUAUCUUAUUUAUUAGGAUCUGUGCAGUAGGCUUGACCUUAGCGAAGAACUCCUUUUCUCGCAGUUAACACAAUUCCUGGUUUAAUUGGAGGAAUUCAAAGAACCAGAAAGAGGAAGGGUUUAUACUAGCAGCGAUCGCUUCUAGGGUACGCAACGGUUGCCGAUCGAGCGCGGGAGAGAAAAGAGAGUGUCGUUUGAAAAUAAUUUAAUUUGUAUGGAGAUCCCCCCACCCCCAUCAUCGGCGCGUACAAGUCGGAAUUCCCCGCCACCGGGAACACGAAACAUGUCCAACAAAAAAGAUAUAAAAAUAAAGAUACCUAAAUAUUA